GGUGGAGAUCAGUCAAGACGCAACUGGUACCAAAAUGGAAUCAAGAUGGACUCAAAUAGUCGAAAUGUAUCUCCUCGGUAUCACUUACGCCAUUUAAACGCCGGGCCCCUUACACUCUUGGUAGCGCGUGAUUCCGUCCUCGGAUGGUGGCAGUGGUAACAGGUCUAGUGGCCUUCAAGAUCUCCAAAUUCCAAUUUAUCACAGACUUUCAUUCAAUUUUUUUUCACCUGGCUAGCUAUCUCAUUUCCUACCAUCAACGGUGGAAAUUAUAUACAUCUCUUGUUCAAUUGUGCCCACAAACUAUUUUGUACCUCGCGUUUCCUGAAUGAAUGUGUGGCAAACAUCAUCAACGAAGGAGACCAAUCCCAAGACUUAUCAUCCGAUCUCCAAAAUGACACCAAUCACCUCGGACGAGAACAUGAGUGUUGGAAAGCUGGUUGCAUUAGAGGGUAACAUAAAUACCAUUACAACACAACUGCGACUUCUUCCACACUCGCAUAUGAUUCUCAUCGUUGCGCCUCUCGAUCAUUAUCUAAGCGAAGACUACAAACAAGAACCAUUUGAAGCUCGAGCAUUUGUCCGCGGUGUUUAUAUCGCUCUCGCACAACGAAAUGAAGAAGCGAGAUCAUUUCUACGAUCAUCACCUCAAUCGAAAUUGGCAUUUUUGAACGGUGGAAGUGUUAGUGCCCGAGCAAUAUGCGUUGCUAGAAUAUCUCAAAGGCUCACGUAUGGAAACUUCGCAGAAGCAGAGACUAUCUUCCAUGAUAUUGUCAAGGAUGGAGUAGCAGGUCUUUUUAGAAAUGUCGAGUCUUCAAAGCCUAUUUCUAAUCCAGAACCGGAAAAAGCAUCAGUCAAAUCUCGCGCGAAGUUACCGAGGAGGCUGAAGUUAAGAAGUACGAAAAGCGCAACGACGUUAGGCGCAAAAGACCUACCAGAGCACGAGAACAAUGUUAAGGGGAAAGGAAUACAUGGAGCUCAUAAUUUGAGAAUUAGGGAUGAUAGCGGCCUUCAAUUUAUACACAUCUCUGGAGAAUCUAGAACAAUUACACCAGAACCAUCAACGUGGAAAUUCCAAAAUGGAGACGAUAUCCGGACGACGAUCGUUUCGAUACCUCAUGAGACCAGGCCAAGUCAACUCAAUAGAGAAGGCAGCCGACUUAGUCAGUACAGUGGCACAUUCGGCCCUCAACCUCCCUCAAGCUCCAAGCCAGCUUUUCCCGUGCCGAGAAGUAGAUAUUCAACGCAGCAAAAUACGGACAUUGACGAGGAUGAGGAUUACUUUGAAUAUAUCUCACAAGACGAUGAGACCUCUUUUACUACACCCAACGUUGUUUAUGGUGAAGCAUGUGUUGUGGAUAUGCAAUCUGCGUUGCCAACACCUUCCACGCCUUCGGGGUGGACGAAGUCUGCAGGCGAUUUGUUGUUGGAUGAUAGCUCAAAAGAUCUAAAGAAAUUCAAACGUGCAGCAUCAGCAAAUGAUCUUAAGAAUGCCUUAAAUAUAUCAAGGAAGAGUUCCAUUAGGGAUCCAACUUUUAAGAAGUUGCCCAAAACGGCAUUUGUAAAGGCGUCUAGAACUAUGAUCAGGAGCCCUUCGAAUGCAAGCACUCCUAUCUCAGAGAAUUCGAUGUGCUCAAGCUCAAAUGGUAUGCCCAGCAUAAUUCAGGGUAGUGAUUAUGAGGUUAAGGAGGAUUUCAAUUCAAAUGGGCCGGUAUUCGAUAUCGUUGAGGAUGUAGUAAUUCAUUUCACGGAUAAUUCUCCAGGAGAGAUCAUGCGAUCGAUAUCAGGGUAUAGAAGCGGCAAGUUCCCAAUCUCUCCAUCGACUUUACCGCGACCAUUACCCACGCCUCCCAGUACAGCAGCAAUGGCUGAUGAAUCUUCGAAUUCAAGACAAUCUACAAACCAAGGGAGAUCUAAGAGUCAAUGGGAUUAUCAACAACGUGUCGAAGUUGAUCCAUUCUUUCUAAGCGGUUCGCCUAUUUAUGAAUUAAGUGGAUCGCCUGCUUACGAAGAGAUGGAGCAACAGAGGGCGUCAGAGAAUGACGAUGCUGUGACCAAUGAAUCUUUGCCAACGCCCGCAUCAGCUACGUUUUCUAUUCACAAAGACAAAAUGGAUAAGUUCUACGAAUUCUCGGGUGCAUAUACCAACAAGUCAAUGGAUAUCCAAAAUGAAUUCCGCUCCUUUUUAAAUUUUCACUUCCCAAAUGAAGCCGCAGCACUUAGCAAACACCAAAAUUCGUUAAUGUCUGGAUUGGGCCCAUUCUUGAAAGAUAUGUUUAGUAAUGGUAACUCAACAUGUUACGAGGGACCUGCUGUUGAUCAGAUUCUUGCAGUUGGGUGCGAGAAGGGAAUAAGUAAUGUUUUCUGUGCUCAACUUCUUGGACAAGUAGAGCACAUUGGUGUCAAAAAAAGUGGCGAGAGCCGAAGUGGUAGAAUUGAUCUCAGGUUUCUCAUUGCAAGUGCCAUGCAAACAUUCAUGUCUCAACCACUUCCUGCACGCAAAGGUUUAGAUCCCAUGAGCGAUCCCAGAUUACUUGCCGAUCUGAUAGUUCCCCAUCUCGAAUUAUAUCUAGCUACGAACUCUCUCGUUCGAUUUCUCGUUCUCAGUUUCCCGUUUGAUCAAAUCGCAACCGUAAUUGCUCUUCGCAGUCUCCUAGGUUCAGAUCUCAUCAAAGUCGCGGGUGUUUUAGAUACGCUUUCGUCUGAUCCUCCUUUAUUCGCUAAACCCAUUCUUUCCAACUUUCAUUCUUCGCAUCGUUCAUACGAUUUCGCCAUUUCCACGAAUCGUCGACGUCCCGAGACUUCAGAUCGCAAUAUCCUCAAAUCCACUCUUGGCACUUCCAAUGAGACAGAUGCGGAAACAACACUCAACUGCCCUUCAUCCUCCUACUCCCUCUUCUUCAAAGCAGACUAUCAUCUUCCUUCCACCGCCUCCUCCCUGGAGAUACAAAACUUCCUAAACCUCAUCCGCAAAAAUAUCGUUGAGAGAUUAUCCUGGUACCAUGCCGAACAAGACUUCCUCCAACUUUCCCCAACACCCAGUUCUACCAUUACGCAAGACGCAUCAACAUCGACCGACGAAGAAUUACCACGUGCAGAUUCCAACACACAUGUGCCCAUAUUAACCCUCUCCCGAGAUGCCUAUCGUACAUCUUCUAUCUACGAUUCACAGAGUGAUUCCGAAAUCGAAGUUCUACGUCCACCAACAAGAUUAUUUCCCUCAUCUCAAUACCCAAAUAGCAAUCGAUCAACGGCGAGAAUACCAUCGCUUAUCGAAGCAGAUUCGAGUUCUAGCGGGCAUAGCGGUAGUAGUUCGACGAUCCGUCAUAUUCCUAUUGCGAUUGAGCGUCAAUCCUUACUUUCCGCUCAUCCCUAUUCCCCUCUCUCGAAUCAUUCACUCUCAAACUCCGAGUUUUUUCCUCUCUCUCUCCCUCCUCCUCCUCCUCCUCAUCCCCAACCCAUCGCCCGAAACCAAAUCCAAGAAUCCCAACAACCCCAUCAACAAGAAGUAGCAGAAGUAGCAGAAGAAGCAGAAGAAGCAGAAGAAGAAGACGAAGACGACUUCGCCUACGUCCUCCCGCACAACCAGUCUCGCAUCCCCCAAAUCUCCACCCCCACCACGGCCAGCACACCGCCCUCUCCCCCGUACCCCGACCAUCCCCAUUCCCCCAACCUCUCCUUCGCCGACUCCCAACUCGACUACAACUUCGACGAAGACAGCGACGACGACGCCUACGAUCGCAUGGUGAUGGGCUGUUAUUCGCCCGUCAGCGCUAGGAGAAGGAGCAUGUUUUCUAAUAAUCUUAAUAAUACUAAUACGGAUGGUCCGUUUGGAACCGGGAACGUGAGGGGAAGAGAGGAGCUCGAGAUGAGGGGGUUGAUCCACAAGGGGAAUAGUCGGAAGGCGCUGAAGUGGUUGGGUUUGGCUUGAUUUGUUCUUCUCUCUUCUUUGCUGCAUAUUGUUAUGGAGUCGAGAUGACUCCUUUGAUUUUUUUGUGUAUCAUAUUGUAUAAUACUUGUAUACUUGUAUACUUUGGACCAUCGAAUUAAUAUCCGUGUCAAGCCUGUAGGAAACGGACGAUGUGUUCAUGCUAAAUCUUAUUGUAUACCACCAUUAUUGUUAUUAUUAUUAUCAUCAUUAUCAAGGGAGCACAGAAUGUAUAACAUAUUCACACGUCAUCAAAUAUCGACACA